AUGGACCUCAUCGACGCCAGCAACGCCCCUGUACCCAUCACCGUAGACCCCAUCACUGGCAACACCAUAUCCGCCAACGAGACCGAAAACGCGAUGGAGGACACUCAGAUGGCCGACCCCGAAGACCACACCAACGCGGCUGAUGACGAAGCCGAGGAUGAAGCCGAGGACUACUUCAUCGACAACAGCCCCACAUUCCACGACUUCACCACCCUCCCUCCAGACACCAAGGCCACAAUCACCCGCCUCCUGGCGUCUGCAGGUGCCGCUUGGGAAUUCCGCUCCAUGGCUACCCCGUUCCCAGUCCAGUACCUCCCCGAUCCAGACUGCCAUAACUGGGGUCUAGCACUCAUUUCUGCGCUCAGCCGUCUGGCGGAUAUGACACGCACUGGUUUCAAGUUGGAGGCGAUUGCGUUUGUCAUCAAGCACAUGAAAGAGCGGAAUGAUGUUCCUGGUAAUACUGAGGAUGAGAAUAUUGCUGCUUCGGUGGUUAUGGCUGGCGAUUUCGUGAUUCGGCUUGAGGACGUCAACUACAGCAUCCGCAAGAUGCGGAACAGGGUCAACAGCUACCGGCCUGCUCCACAAGGUCAGGGUCAGGGCUAUGGCCAUGGACGUGGGCGUGGCGGCUACCGCGGUGGCCGAGGUCGCGGUCGAGGACGUAGUGGUGGAGCGAGGGGACGAGGAGGUAUGAUGGGCUUCCACGGUUGA